UCAAUUGGAAAACAGUACUCGAAGAUAAAUAACGCAUGUAAUUGUUAACAUUUAGUAUUUAUUCAGCCUUUGACAAGAUCAAGACAGUAGUGUUGUCUACUCGAGUGGGUUUACAACGUCCUUCCAAAAUGAGAGACAUCUUCACUUGGCUGUUUUUGUCUAUGAAUAUUUUUUAUCUUGCGCAGGCCAAAUUGACAGAUAUCGAUGGAUUUCUCGUAGACUUGGAAAAAUUGGAACCUCCACUUUCAGUACCAAAUACUAGAAGAUUGCUUGUGAAAUCGGGAAUAUUUGAAAAUCCAGUUGGAGGACCAAAUAGUGGCGUAGGAAGAUGGUUGAAUUACUUCAAACCUAAUGUUUCCAGCAUAAUUCAAGGACAAGAUGCGACUUCUCAAAGCCAAUUUCCAUACCAAGCGGCUCUUUUUCUCAAGAGAAAAAAUGAACAAACUCAUUCUUCGUUUUGUGGAGGCUCUCUCAUCUCUCGAUCGCUUAUAUUAACAGCAGCACACUGUCUUGACAAUAUCGAGGAGGUUGAGGUAUGUUUGGGUUGCAUGCACUUCAAUAAUGAUCAUGAGAAGAGGAGAAAGGCGUUUUUAGUGAAGAAAUCUUCAAUGAUAAUACAUGAAAGUUGGGAUCCAAUGAAUUUAAAAAAUGACAUAGCACUUCUGAUUUUACCCACAACGGCACCACUCACUGACGGUGUAAUCAAGCCUUUAAAAUUGCCGAAAUUGGGAAGUAUGUUUGAGGGUGUGGAAGGUACAGUUAGUGGAUGGGGCAAGACCAAAUCAAAGGCAAGUGGCAUAUCAAAAAAACUGAAAUAUAUAAGCACUGCUAUUUUGGACCAGAAGAAGUGUAAAGAUUUCUAUAAGGAAACUUCAAAUUAUACAAUUGAAAAACAUCAAUUAUGCACGGACGGCUCAAAAGGAAAGAGUACUUGUCAGGGAGACAGUGGUGGUCCUCUUGUAAUCAAAGAAGGAAAUGAAUACACUCAAAUUGGAAUAGUAUCUUUUGGAUUAAGGGAUUGUGAAACGAAAUGGCCAAGUGUUUACACACGUGUGAAUGUUUUCCUACCAUGGAUACAAAAGAUCAUGAAAAGUCUGUAUAGAGACAAUAAAAUCAAUAAUAAUUAACUAAUAUUGGCUUAAAUAUUGUCCCGAUCCCGCACUCAUCCUGCACCGGAAGACGCGAGGCUGAUAAAAGAGAAAUAAUUAGGAGUCUGCAAAUAU